UUUAGUACAUACAUCGCCAUGUCGCCCUCUUCAGCACUCACAUCAGCUGUCAAGCAACCUUCAACCAUGGUUGGAACCACAACAGCUGCCAACGCAGCAAAGCAAGCUGCCUCAAAGAUGCACCGUCGGUCACGAACAGCUAAUUGUAGCUCUGCAGGGUGCUUCACAUGCCGUCUGCGACGGAAGAAGUGCGACGAGGGUAAGAACUCGUGUCGUGCCUGCAAACAUCUUGGUCUCAAGUGCGAAUACAAGAGACCAGUAUGGUGGAGCAACAACGAGCAGAGGAAAAACCAGAAGGAGGUCAUCAAGAACAUCAUCAAGCGCACAAAGUUGAACGAGAAGACUGCACAAGGAGUCGCAAUGAGCACCAACACACCGCCAAGUCUCUGCCACUCAAUGCAGACAGCUGACACCUAUUCUGACGGCAUUGCCUGCACUCGCGCACAAUCAGUCGACUCUCAGAACUCCUUGGACUAUAACUUCAACACAGUAACACCACCCAACUUCUACAACGUGGCGAUGCCUCCGCCAAUAUUCGCUCCUGUUUACCAACAACCUGGUCAAUUCGCGCCUUACGAGAUCGACAUCAAGACUGAGAGCCAGAUGUUCAUCAAUGACGUCCCCACUCGCAGGGACUCCACAUUCUCUACUUUCAGCCACUACCAGACACCACCAGCCGUCGGUCAGGGUUACCCUACCGACAACUGGAUCCAGCAUGACUACUUCGAGAGGCACCGCGAGGCCUUCACAGAGGAGCCACUUGACUUCAACACUUUCGACUUCCCUACCCACAGUGCCUUCAGCCCUUCCCAUCAGCCUAUGGUUCAAGUCGACGAAUGUGAUCAACACCUUCUCACUCACUUUAUCGACAAUGUCAUGCACAUGGUCUACCCGGUGCUCGAAGCCAACCAGCCUGGAUCAGCCCGCGACAAAGUCAUUCUGCCAGCGCUGAAGUCUAACAAGGCUUACCUGCAUGCCUGCCUGAGCGUUUCCGCCCUGCACAUGAAGACCACUCAGGGGCUCCAAGGUGAGGAGGUCGACAACGAUGUCUACAGGAACCGUUUCGCCGCUGUUCAGCAGCUCACAGACUCCCUGAUGAGCGAUCGCGACCACGCUGAGACCUUGGAAGCCACCCUUGCCAUGAUUUUCUUCCCUUGCUCGGUCGGUCGAUUCGACGAUGCUCUGGUUGACAUUCCCUGGCACCAGCACUUCCAGGCGGUUCAAAGCCUUGUUCACAAGCUCGAACUCCCAAACCAGCUUGUCGCAAUGAACGGACAGCAACAGGCUCAGCCUCCCUUCAACAUGACCCUCGCUUCAUGGAUAGACAUCCUCGGCGCAACCAUGCUCGGCAGGACACCAUCCUUUGCUGAUACCUACCGCGAGAAGCUUAUCGCUGAUGCGCCCUCCGGCCUUGCCGAGCUCAUGGGCUGCGAAGACCGAAUCAUGUACUUGAUCUCGGAGAUCGCCUGCCUCGACGCUUUGAAGCAGGAGGGCAUGGACGACGUCCAGCUCUGCCAACACAUCCAGCUUCUUGGUGAGCAGAUCAGCCUGACAGAGCCACCUGUUGGCUCAAACAAUAGUGCGCUCUCGUCUACUGGCGAGAUCCUCCCCAGGCAGCUUCGCAGGAACAUGACCGCAGUCUACCGCCUGGCGGCUCGCAUCUACCUUUGCAGCCUGGUGCCCGACUUCGAUCGCACUCAACCCAUCAACGCCAACCUUGUCAGCGCGCUCAGCAAGGCUAUGGACUACAUUCCAGCUGGACCUGAGGGCUUUGACCGCUCGCUUGUAUGGCCCCUGCUUGUUGCAGGCACAGUCUCUUUGCCCAACUCAUCUUUCCGCAAGAUGUUCUCUGAGCGCACUAGCCGCCUCGGUGAUGCCUCCAACUCCGGUUCAUUCGGAAGGAUGAAGGCGCUCUUGAACGAGGUGUGGGCUGUCAACGACUACAACCUCUCCAAGGGCACCAAACAGAGUGUCCACUGGCGGGACACGAUGCAACAGAAGGGCUGGGACUUCUUGCUCAUCUGA